UUUCACUCCUGGGAUUGGCUCUGGAGAAGCUGCUUCUCCUUCCUAGGGUUGGUUUCCUCCAUCUCAAUUCCUUGCCGUCCCGCUCUUGGCUCCGGAAGGGAGAGGCAGCUGUUGCCGCCGCUCUUCAGCCAUGGCCAAGAGGAAGGCAGGCCUCCGAGGCUCCGCCUGACUCGCCCCGAGGCUCUGAGGCAAACAGCAAGGAAAGGCCUCAGCCGCCGUCGCGCUUUGGUUCUCGGUAAGAGCAGCGCCGCGCGACAGAAACCCAAGCCUGAAAAGAACGCGCGCGCUCAGCUAGAAGGCGCGUGCCCGCCGGCCAGCCUGACGCAUGCGGGCUCUAGCAAGUCCCUCAAAUUAUUCUAGUUGUCGGACAUUUCUGUAUGGAGAAAAAGAUGGGAGAAGCCGUUGCAAGAGUAGCCCGGAAAGUGAAUGAAACAGUUGAAAACAAAACAAAUUCCCUGGAUCUGGCAGACUGCAAACUGAUGACCUUCCCCAUUGCCCUUUACAAAGUUAUGAGGCACGUUACAGAAGGCAUUCAUCUCAUCACUCUGGCCAAUAAUGAGUUGAAGUCUGUGCCCAGCAAAUUUAUCACCACCUUUAGCCAGCUGAGAGAACUUAAUCUAGAAGGGAAUUUCAUUCAUCACCUUCCAGAAGAAGUCCGAAUGCUGUCACAUCUAAGGCUUAUCAACCUUUCUAGGAAUAAAUUCCAGCUGUUUCCAGAACAGCUGACCUCCUUGCAAGCUCUUGAAACAAUCAAUCUUGAAGAGAAUGAAAUUGAAGAUGUGCCUGUCGAGAAGCUUGCCUCCAUGGAGUCUCUCCAGAGUGUGAACCUGAAGUCAAACCCGUUAAACGAGGAAGUCCGGGUGAUUGCCAGGCCACUAAUUAAGUUUGAUCUCCUGACAUCUCCAUCCAUUCCUCAAGUCUGAAACAGGAUUGGCCUGGGGGAAGAGUGGUGGCUUAUCUUAGCUGUAAAAGGGAAGGGAAUGCUGUGUUUGCUGAGCUAGAGCACUGUAACUUUCUCAAAUGCCUGCAUGCAUUAGAUUUCAUGGGCUUUCAGAGCAGUGGGAAGCAGGUGUUUUUGUCAAAUGACAUGGGGAAUCUCUGCUGAACUGUGAAUGUCUACAAACAUAUAAUGUCUACAAAGAAAACUUGAUUACAACUUUGAUGGGCCAAAUAGCAGCUUCUCUGGCCAUGUCUUCCAGAGAAGCAACGAGGACAGAUGUGAAAUACUGUAAUCCCUCAAAACUAGAAGUCUAUGAUUUUGUCAUGAGUGACCAUUUGGAUGGGAUACUAAUUGGAAUGGUUUGCCUCUGAAGCUCAGGAAUAAAUUGCAGCAUCAGAUUGUGCUAUAUGAAAUGAAACGCAAGGUAUGAUAGAAACGUGACUAAUUGUUUCACUUGUUCCCUAUAAAAAAGAACAAGUACACAUUACAACCUUUCAGGCUUGCCACCUAAAGAUAAAGUCAGUAAAUUAUCCUUGACUUCAUUUUCGUGACAAGAGGAUGAGUUGGUUUGACAACACACAGCGAAAUCCAACAUCACUGUCUGAAAAAUAUUGUGAGCCUCAAGAAUGUUUGCUGACAUACCUUGGCUUGGAAGUUCUAUAAAGAUAUGAGUGCAAAUGUUGUUUUGUUGUCAUUCACCACCAAGUUCUCUGAAGUAAAUUCCUCUAAUGCAUUUUAUGAUGUUAUAGUACCAUGUAAAAUGAGAUGUGUUGUUGUUGCUAUUUGCCAUCAAGUUAACGUCAAUUUAUGGUGACACUCUGAAUGAAACACUUCCAAGAGCCCUCUUCAGAUCUUGGAAGCUCAGGAUUGUGGCUUUUUCAACGGAGUUGGUCCAUCUGUCAUGUCUUCCCACUGACUUCAUUUUAUUUUAAUUGUAAUGUUUUUUAAUGAAUCAUGUUGUCUUACUAUAGGCCUAAAGAAUGACAUCCUAAGUUUAGUCAUCUUGGCUCCUAGUGAGAAAAAUAAGACAUUACUAUUCAUGAAUCUUAUCUAUCCUCUUUAUAAACAGUCUUUUAGUGAUGCCUUUCUUAUAAUGAAGAUUCUUGUUUCUUGUUGACUCUCUUUGAAUGAGCAAGUACUUUGAUGAUUUUUAUUCUUCCUUAGUACUCCUGCUUUAUACUACUUUCUUAUUUUCUCUUUCUCUACUUUCUCAGUGGCAUGUCAGUCUGAAUCAUGUAUCUACUGAAAGCUUGAUUUAUUUUCAACUUUUGCAGCAAUUUCUUGAAAAAGACAAAAAUACCAGCGAAGGGGAUUAUGGAAUGAUUGCCAUGCAUUUUUACAUACAAUAUAUCCCACAUGAGAUCCUUGUCAUAGUAGAUCAGACCAUGUACUGGUAUUCUGAGAAGUGCUGCUGCUAAUGCCACCGUGCUGUUUUCCAGAGAAACAGAUUCUGCAUUCUCUUUGGAUGCUACAUCAAAAGGAGGAAGGGAGGAGGAGGAAAAAAAUUGAAUGUGGCAGUAUCUUUAACACUAACAGGUUUUUCUUUAAGCACAAGCAUAAACCCACAUCUUCAGAGGCGGAGUGAAGCUGUCCUUUGUGACUACAUUAGUAUAUACUAAUUCCAUUCCAUUGAGAGUGGAAAACCCCAAACCUUUCUGAAAUAAUGUAUAUGGAAAGAGGCUGUACUUUCAUGUAUUCAGAUUGUUUGCAUAGCUUUGCUCAUUUUUAUGCAUCUAUAAGAGACUUUGCAGCUUGCCGUGGAAAAAUACUAGAUUCAUCCUUAGUCUAUAGAGCAGCAACAAAGCUUGUGGAUGCACCCUAGGCUUUGCAUGUUUGUUGAUUUUAAGGAGCCCUUUAAAAGACUUGUGUGAACUCACAUCUUAGUUUUGAUUAACUGGUUCACAGUGGUUUGGAUGUGGUUUCACAACUUGGGAUUUCAUUGUUUUGUUCCCUCAGCAUCAUAGUAAUGAGAGUUUGUUGGAAACCAUUUUCUGCCCAGAGGCCACUGUCACUGUGUGAUUGACAGACAGUGGUGACUUGUUGCUUUGAUAAAUAAACAGACUCAGUGUCUGAAAUCCAAUAAUCUAAUACUAAAUUUACUGAAAUUGAUAGAAAAAAGUGCAAUCUUAUCCUUCACUUCAGGCAGGAAAAUGUCUUGGAACAGUGCUUCACUUCCCCCAAUGUGCAUGGAUGUCUUAGGAGAUUGACCAUCUCGCCUUAGAUUCACACAUUUCUUAUCUUCCCAUCCCACCCUACCAUGCCAUUGUUUUCCACUAGUGGACAUACAUGUAAGAAUUAACCAUUUCAGUUUUGUUAGAAGAACCUAGAACUUGAGGACUCUCCAUUAUCCACUCUGGGGUAACAUUUUCUUUUACAGUUAUACGAUCAGCAAUAUGUUUUGAAACAUUUUGAAGGAAGAUUGUAAGUCCUUGACUCUGAAACAUGAGAUGAAUGUAAAAUAAAAUUUACAGUGUUGUUCCUUGA